AUGAUCUACACCACCCAGAUCAUCCGUCUGGACGGACUGGUCCUCGUGGCCUCGGUGGAUGAUGCGAACGUACAAGAUGUACAAGAGCUCAAGCAGCAGAUCCGCAAGGUCGUGCAGCGCAUCACGCCCUCCUCAGAGCCACGUGCGAGCAUUGAGAGCGGGCAGCACACUAUGCACUACGUUCUGAACGACAAUGUCGCCUACAUCGCCAUCACCGAGCGCAGCUACCCCAAGAAACUCGCCCUCACCUACCUCGAAGACAUCCGCGCCGAGUUCCAGACCUCCUACAAGCGCGACGACUACCUCGAUCCGCAGCUACGACCAUACGCGUACAGCGAGUUUGAUCGCUUCGUCGAGCGCACAAAGAAGACGUAUCAGGAUAGUCGCGCGACUGACAACCUGAGUCGGCUCAAUGAUGAGCUGAAGGAUGUGACGCAGGUGAUGACCAAGAACAUUGAGGACCUGCUGUACCGAGGUGACAGCUUGGAGAAGAUGGGAGAUAUGAGCAGUCGGCUGAGGGAGGACUCGGCCAAGUACAAGAGGGCGGCGGUGAGGAUUAAUUGGGAGUUGCUGCUGAAGCAGUAUGGGCCGAUCGGAGCAUUGGGGCUGAUCAUCCUGAUACUGCUGGUGUGGCGGUUCUGGUGA